GAACAACCAGUUGUUGUGUAUGGUGGCUCUGUUCUAGGUGACGUUGACGUAGUGACGACAUAGUGCGGUGUUCAGAGUACCACCUAGGUCCUGGUGUUGUUGUGUACACACAAAACAAAGUUGAAGAAGACAUGGCGUCAUUUAAAUACACCCAUGCUGUUGUAUGUCGAAUACCAUUAUCAUUGCGUACACGAGCUGAAAUUGAGCUAGAAGAAGCAAAAAAACAGCAUGAAGCAUAUGUACGAAUAUUACGUGAACUAGGUUUAGAUGUGAUCGAGCUACCACCGGACGAAACUCUACCAGAAUGUGUUUUUGUUGAAGAUGCAGCCGUUGUUUGUAAUGGUAUCGCACUUAUUACGAGACCGGGAGCUGCACAUCGAGCCAAGGAGGUAGAAACAAUUCGAGCCGUUUUAAAAAAAGAAUUAAACCUUCCAAUUGUUGAAAUAUCAGACCAAUCAGCGAAAUUAGAUGGCGGUGAUGUCCUAUUUACAGGGCGAGAAUUUUUUGUUGGUCUAUCAGAAUGGACAAAUGAGGCAGGCGCACGGGCAGUUGCCGCCGCAUUUCCUGAAUAUCCAUGUACACCUGUUAAGGUAACAGAACCCAGACAUUUAAAAGCAUACGUCAGUGUGGCUGGACCAGAUAUUUUAUGUGUGGGAGAGAGUCGUGACGCACAAGAAGUAUUAAAACGCAUGGAACGUGAAGCGACAUUUAAUUAUCAAACAUUAACGGUACCAGAAGAUCAAGCUGCAAAUGUGCUUUAUUUAAAUGGAACGUUAAUUCAUAGAUGUAUAGAAGAAAUACCUCAAUCGUUUAAGGUAUUCUCCGAAAAAAUUGACUAUCCACGAAGGUGUGUAGAAUUGUCUCAACUAGCCAAAGCAUCCAGUGGACUAACUUCAUGUUGUUUACUUGUGAAACGUUCACGACAUAUUCGAAGUUUAUAAAUUAACGUAAAUUUUAUUUCGACAAAUUAAGCAAAAUAAAAAAAAAUGUUUCUCUAGCCAAAAAUAAAUAAAAAAAAUACGCGCGUGACGAAGAAUGUUAAGUUUACAAAUAGCUUUAAACAAAUUUAUUUUUAUUUCUUGAAUUAAUGGCCAGUGUUUUUCAUUACGAUGUAAAAAAUCGUAAAAUCGAGCAGUGCUUUAUUUUUCAGGGAUAGUUAAACAAAUGCUUUUUCAAAAUUAUUAUGCUCAACCAUUUAUGGUCAAAAUUAUGUCCAAAUUUUUGCUUGUUUAUAUAUUUAGUUUAGGUCAGAGAAUACAAAGAGCGAUUUAUCUCAAGGCAGAUGGAAAUUUUGUGCUCAAGAAUUUCGUAAAUUGUUAAUUUAAUCUAUUUUUUUUACCGGUUUUGUGAUGU